GUUGUCAUCAAAGAGAUCCGAAAAGGGAGCAAGAAAAUUCCAAAUUUUGAGACAAAGAGACGGUAUCAAGGAGACAUUCGAUAGAAAAAUUGCAGAGAAGAGACAAAUACACGCAACUAGCAUCAUGUUCAACUUUAACGGGUUCAAUAUGUUCCCGGAGUUUGCGAGACCCUUCUCCAACACAUACAAAUGCUACUCGGUGAGCAUGUUGCCGGGCAACGAGCGGCAAGACGUCGAAAACGGUGGUAAAAUUAUUAUGCCUCCGUCAGCGUUGGAUCAACUUACGCGAUUAAAUGUCGAGUACCCGAUGCUCUUUAAGAUCACAAAUCGCCGACAAAACAGAAUCACACACGCGGGCGUCUUGGAAUUUGUCGCAGACGAAGGAAAAAUUUACUUGCCCUACUGGAUGAUGCGGAAUUUGUUGCUCGAAGAAGGCGAUAUUGUACAAAUUGAGAGUGUUUCGAUGCCAGUUGCGACUUUUUCCAAGUUCCAACCGCAAUCCGUGGACUUUCUCGAUAUCACAAAUCCAAAGGCCGUACUUGAAAAUUGCCUGCGAAACUUUGCGUGUCUCACGACGGGCGAUCUCGUUGCCAUUCGAUACAACAACAAAAUCUACGAGCUUUGCGUGUUAGAGACAAAACCCGCAAAUGCCGUCACGAUUAUCGAAUGUGACAUGAAUGUCGAAUUUGCGGCGCCUCUGGACUACGUCGAGCCAAAUCACAAAGCGAAGGAGGAGGAAAUGCAAGUCGAUCAGGAGGAAGAUUUUCACGAACCGACGGGAUUUGUCGCAUUUAAGGGAUCCGGCAUGCGUUUGGACGGGAAAAAGAAGAAAAAUGACUCGAUUUCAAGUGAUAGCGGCGCCGGACCAUCCACAUCGAGCGGGAGUGCGCCGAAAGUUGCACGUCCCCGCGGAAUUCCCGACUACGAUCAUCCGUAUGGCUUGAUAAAAUUCGAUCGGAGCAUACGACCGAUCAGUGAUGGGCCCGAUCCAAAGAAGGAAGCUGAGAAGACUGCAGCGGCAAAUGCCAGUAGCCCUUUCGAAAAGUUCGCGGGACAGGGUUUCCAGCUGAAAAAGAGCAAAAAAUGACCUCUCUCUAACACCUAGUCGUCGACGCCACUUGUGAUUCCAUCAAAAACUGCAAAAACCUUCAACAGCAAGCAAUUUUUAACACACAGCAGCAACACCUUUCGUUCUUUUGCAAAUUCAUCAGGUUCAGGAUCGAGAUCAGGAAGUCGCAACAUCUCCGAAUCUUUUAUUUAGAAAGUCUAAUAAAAUAUUUUAUAAAACAAAA